AUGGUCCGUCCCACUGUCGCCAACGAGCGAAACCCCCGGACGGGUCUUCUUGCGCCAAACAACGCUGGACACUCUCCCGUGCACGCCGCUGCUACGUCGGGCAAUGUGGAUAUACUCGAAAUGCUGUUCAACAAAGGGGCAGAUCUUUCGGCCCUUGCAGCAAAGAAUGAGACACCUCUGUACUUUGCAGUCAACAAUAAUCGACUCGAUGCUGCGAGGUACAUUCUGAAACAUGGAGGGGACUUCUCGACUCCCACCACCGAUGGGAUGACCCCUCUAUACGCUGCUUCUUAUAACGGGAAUACAGAGAUGAUCCCACAAUCCGUGAAGCAACGGGGCAAACGGCUCUCUACUCUGCUUGCAUUGGAGGCCAUAGAGAAAUAG